CAUUCCAUUACAUUCAAAAGGAGAAUGAAGGGCGGGAGGAAGAGGUCUCGAUCUUCUACAGUCGAUGAUGCAGAGGAUCGCCACGAGCGCUUGCAUGCUUCUACGCGGCGCGGCGACCAUCGAGCAACUAGUCAGGCGGUUGAGGCUUCGGCCCCGUCUCCGUCUGCUACUCCGGCCGGGGCUCCGUCUCCGUGUCCGUCUGCUACAGCUCUGUCAGGUGGUCCAUCUACUACAGCUCCGUCAGGUACUCCGGCUGAGCCUCAGCCUCAUCCUACUCCGGUCUCUCCGAUGGUUGAGUUACCUCUUGAGGAGACAUCUGGCGAGCAGUCUUCUUCGGAGCCCAGUGGCGAGGAGUCUGCUUCUGAGACUGCUUCUGAGGCCAGUGGUGAGGAGGAGGAGCCUCUUAUUCUCCAGGAGGAGAUUGAUGCUGCUGAUGUUGUGCUAGAUGUGGUGGCAGAGGGCGGCGCGGAUGACGACCUCAUCCAGAGGGUGGCACCGUUUCCCGGGGGGCCUGAGGAUCUGUCGCUUCUUGCGCAUUAUCCUGACCACAAGGCUCCUUGGACGUGGCAGGCACUUCUUCGCACAGACCCGCGGUACGUGGACCGUCGGACAUUGAGGGUGGCCACUGUUGGGGGGAAGGUAUGGAACCUCCCCUGUGAUGGCGAUUCAGAGGCCCACACACAUGUGCGACAGCUGCUGCAGCAGACGGGUUUGUAUCACCUGCCUUGGUGCGGGUUACCGGAGACAGACCCAGCUGUCGUACUGGCCCUUGUUGAGAGAUGGCAUGAGGAGACGAGUAGCUUCCACAUGCCGUUCGGGGAGAUGACUAUCACCCUGGACGAUGUGUCUGCUCUUCUCCAUCUUCCCACAGGGUCGAGGUUCUACACUCCGGGCAGAGGGGAGCGAGACGAGGUUGCAGCGCUCUGCGCCCAGCUCCUGGGAGGAUCUGUUGCUGCUUAUCUGGCUGAGUUUGAGGCGGCGGGUGGCCAGAACAUUCGGUUCAUUACUCUGAAGACCAUGUACACGUCUGCUAUGGAUGGGGGACGCUAUGAGGAUGCUGCUAGGAUCUGGCUGGUGAACCAGCUUGGUGCCACCCUCUUUGCCAGCAAGAGUGGUGGUUACCACACUACUGUCUACUGGAUCGGGAUGCUUGAGGACCUCAGUCGCGUGUCGGAGUACGCGUGGGGUGCGAUUGCGCUGGCUUCGUUGUACGAACAGCUGAGUCGUGCAUCCCGCAGGAAGACAGCGCAGAUCGGUGGGUUCACCUCCCUCGUGCUGUCAUGGGCGUAUGAGUACAUAUCCAGCAGCGUCAUUAUCAUGACGGAGGUCCCCGGCUACACACAGGACCAGCCUAGGGCGCAGCGGUGGUCCACGUCUCGGAUCGCGCAUUCCGGACUCGAUGAGAGACGAGUCAUGCUCGAUGAGCUUACAGUGGAUGAUAUCACAUGGACCCCUUUUGAGGACCAUCGAGAUGUUCGACCGCGGGAUCCCAGGGCCCUCUAUUCCGGCUACAUCUGGACACCUUACGGCCGGUCUGUGAGCCGACAUCUACCAGAGCGGGUUAUGCGCCAGUUUGGCUUCAUACAGGACAUCCCUCGACACCCCUCUGAGAUCCAGACGACGGGGUCCCUUGCUGAGACCACAGAUGCUGCCUAUGCUGAGUUUGAGCCGCACCUCCGCCCUCAGGGGAUACCUGCUACAUAUCCGGGAGAGGCGGUGGAGGGUUACAUGAGGUGGUAUAGCAGAGUGUCACAUGUGUUCAUCAUCCCUGAGGAUAGGAGGGAGGAGCUUAGUGCCGUGAUAAGUUUGGAUUCUAAACUUGGGUGUGGAGUUGUUGGAGCAGUCCCUGGAGGUGCCAGAGCUCGUGGAGAGGGUGAUCCUGGAGAGGGUGUUCGUGGAGGUCGAGCUCGUGGACCCAGAGGUCGCAGGGGGCGGGGUCGGUGA